CGUGGGCCAAACCGACCAGCCCAACACGCUCCUGCAACAAACAGCGAAGAAGAGACAACACAAAGAGUUAGCGCUGCGGCUAAAACGUUGUUUUUCCGUCGCACAACACCGUGCUGAGUGAAAGCAUGCUUUUAAUCCGCUAACCAAACAUAACCAGGCUCGUUUAACUCAGAGAAGGCUUUUUGGUGGAUGAACUGAACCUUGACGUUUUUCUCCUUAGCUUAGCUUGUUAGCUUAGCUGGUGUCAAACGUUUUUUUACGUCCGGGAGCGAGAAGACGCCACCGCUGACCGGGACUUUAUUUUACAGACAUAACAGCACGUUUUGGGUCGGUGUCCGUGGAUUCUGCGCAUCAGGUUUGAAUAAACAAACAAACAAGCAAAAAAAAAAAAAAAAGUCACCCUGCGAAAUAAGGAAGUCUGAAUGAAAUCUGCAGACAGCUUGUUCGAAUAGCCGCGAAUUCGCGCGAGAUUUGACAGUUCGUCGGAGGGCGAGUUGAGAGACGGCAGGGACGCGAGUUUAGUUGGCUUCUAUGAAAGUGCAGCAGAGCAGGCUGCUUGGAUCCGGGUCCGCACCUGCCGUGGAGGUUUUUCCCCCCGUGGAAGUAUCAGGCCGAACGGUCCACACUUUGACCUGUGCUGGCCUGGAGUAACCCUGGAGCGGACAUGAUUCCCGACAAAGCCCCCAAGGAGGACGUCUUCCACUGCCCAGAGAACCUGAAGAAGGAGUCCCACAUCCCCAGCUUUGAGAAAUACAAGGAGGAAUACAUCAGAUCUAUAGAGAACCCAGAUGAGUUCUGGGGCGCCAUCGCUAAAGACUUCUUCUGGAAGACCAAACACACCGGCCGCUUCCUGGAGUACAACUUCGAUGUCACCAAAGGAGAAAUCUUCAUCAAGUGCAUGGAAGGAGCCACAACAAACAUCUGCUACAACCUGCUCGACCGCAACGUCCACGACAAGAAACUUGGUGAUAGAAUCGCCUUCUUCUGGGAAGGCAACGAACCGGGUGAUGAGUUGACAGUGACCUACGGAGAGCUGCUGCAGAGGGUCUGCCAGUUCGCUAAUGUCCUAAAAUCCCUGGGCGUGAAAAAGGGCGACCGCGUGUCCAUCUACAUGCCCAUGGUGGUGGAGCUGGUGGUCGCCAUGUUGGCCUGUGUCCGUAUCGGAGCCGUUCACUCCAUAGUGUUUGCAGGUUUCUCUUCUGAGUCUCUGUGUGAGAGGAUCAUCGACUCUCAGUGCUCGCUGCUCGUCACUGCAGACGGUUUCUAUCGAGGCGAUAAGCUGAUCAACCUGAAGCUCUUAGCUGAUGAAGCUCUGCAGAAAUGUAGAGACAAAGGUUUCCCAGUCAAGAAGUCGAUCGUUCUGAAGCACUUAUCAAAAGAGCCGGAGGAGGUUGUGGGCUCCCAGUCUCCUCCUGCCAAGCGAUCGUGUCCAGAUCUGGAGCAGGAGAAAAGGACAGGGAAAGUAAAGAAAACGCGUCCCGUUCCAAAGUUGUCUUGGAACCUAGACGUGGACCUGUGUUGGGACGCUCUGAUGAAAGGAGCUUCAGACCAGUGUGAACCCGAGUGGUGCGAGUCUGAAGAUCCUCUCUUCAUCCUCUACACCAGCGGCUCCACCGGCAAACCCAAAGGCGUUCUUCACACCGUCAGCGGAUACCUGCUCUUCGUUGCCACCACCUUCAAGCUGGUGUUCGACCAUCAGCCCGAUGACGUCUACUGGUGCACGGCCGACAUCGGCUGGAUCACCGGCCACUCCUACAUCACCUACGGGCCCCUGGCCAACGGGGCCAGCAGUGUCCUGUUCGAGGGUCUGCCCACGUACCCCGACAUGAGCCGCAUGUGGGCGAUCGUGGACAAAUACCGGGUCACCAAGUUCUACACGGCUCCGACGGCCAUCAGGAUGCUGAUGAAGUACGGCAGCGAGCCGGUGCAGAGGUACACGCGCAAAUCCCUGAAGGUCCUGGGCACCGUGGGGGAGCCCAUCAACCCCGAGGCGUGGCAGUGGUACUACAGCGUGGUGGGAGAGGGCCGCUGUCCGGUCGUCGACACCUUCUGGCAGACGGAAACGGGAGGACACGUGUUGACGCCUCUACCAGCAGCCACGCCCAUGAAGCCUGGAUCUGCUACGUUCCCGUUCUUCGGCGUGGUGCCGGCCAUCCUGAACGACUCUGGGGAAGAGCUGGAGGGGCCGAGCGAAGGAUACCUGGUGUUCAAGCAGCCGUGGCCGGGCGUGAUGAGAACCGUCUACGGGAACCACGAGAGAUUUGAAACCACCUACUUCAGGAAGUUCCCGGGAUACUACGUGACGGGGGACGGUUGCCGUAGAGACGAGGACGGAUACUACUGGAUAACCGGAAGGAUAGACGACAUGUUGAACGUCUCCGGUCACCUGCUGAGCACCGCGGAGGUGGAGUCGGCUCUGGUGGAGCACAAAGCCGUCGCCGAAGCCGCCGUGGUGAGCAGACCGCAUCCCGUCAAAGGAGAGAGCCUCUACUGCUUCGUCACGCUCACCGACGGUGCGACGUAUAACGCCACCCUGGAGGCGGAGCUCAGGAAGCAAGUGAGGGAGAAGAUCGGCGCCAUCGCUACGCCAGACUACAUCCAGAACGCUCCAGGACUUCCCAAAACCAGAUCUGGAAAAAUCAUGCGGCGGGUCCUGCGUAAAAUCGCCUGCGGCGAGAAAGACAUGGGCGACAUCUCCACGCUGGCCGACAGCGGCGUCGUCGAUGAGCUCUACAGGAACAGGUGCUGCACCACGGCGUGACCGCGUUUCCCAGGAGGCUCGGCGAGGCGCGCCGCCAGCCAGACGUGGACGGCGGAGUCAGCGCGGGAGCAGCGGGCGUUUCCACCUGAGAGCCGCCGACGGGGAGUUGCUCUGCCCUCCGACGCGGCUGCAGAACGCUGCCGGCUUCCCAGGCGCGGACGCAAGCCUCGGCCUUCAGGGUUAAAAACGUUUGAUUCUCCAGAGACGGACGGAGGAGGCGCUGCUUUGGUGAAGCUGGUAGAAAAACAGUUCAAUCCAAGCCAUAAAAUACCCCGAUCAUCUAAGACUGAUUGACCGUUUUACCAGGUUUUAUCCGUUGUCCUGUUUUUAUUUUAUUUUUUAAAAACAAAACAUCUGUAAUCCUUUUUUUUUUUUUUUUUCUCCGUGUGUUUUUAUUUGGACUAAAUGUAAUCGUAGUUUGUCGGGUCUCUGUGUGAGCAUGCUUUGUCUGAUUCGUUGUUGUCUGGCAGAAACCAGGGAAGGAGUUAAGCAUAAAAAAAAAAAAAGCUUCUGUGUCGUUUAUUCAUCCUGAAACAAACGUUAACGAUUGAAAAUAAACCUUCAGAAAGUUUAAUCUCUCACCCUGAAAUCUAACUGAUUGUUGUUCUUUAAUCUACGGUAGAAAAAUCGGCAGCUGUAGUCGGGAAUAUUUGCCUGAAUCUUGUGGAGGGAAAUAAAACCAGAUUUUGACCGUUGAAUGAGAAAGUGUUUGUUAUAAACCGUCAUAAAGUACAAAAAUUAUACCUCA